GAAUUUUCAUUGGUUUAUGUUUGCAAACGUCAGACUUGAUUUAGUUUUAAAUUAAAACCAAAUUCAUAAAUUAUUACUCUGUCGUUGUGUAUUCUGCGGCGUAAGAAUGUUCGAUUAUUAAUAAAGAACAAUACGAAUAGUGUAAAAAUUUUAUUGUUUAAAAUUAAAUAAAUAUUUAUAGUUGAAUGCCGAAUAAAUUAAAAUGAGGAAAAGAGUUGAUUUACCAAAUAACUGGGAUGAUGAUUCUCCCAAUUACUCUGAAAAAAUAAGGAAUAAUAUUCACAGUUUACCAUUCUAUUUUGGAAUUGUAACUGUAUUAUACCUUUUUUUAUUGACUGGAGCUGUUUAUUAUGUUGAUAAAAAUUUACCAACUGCAUUAAAUGUAAAGGACGAGAACACCUAUCCUGAUUCAUUUAUUGCUGAAAGGGCAAUUAAUGAUUUGGAAGUUCUUACUAAUAUAGGUCCAAGAGUUGUUGGAUCAUAUGAAAAUGAAAUAUUGGCAGUUGAUUUUCUAAAACGGGAAAUUGAUCAGAUUAAGCUUAAUGCAAAUCCCAAUCAAAAAUUAGAACUAGAUAUACAAUUAGCUAGUGGAUCAUAUUAUGUUAAUCUGUUGAAAACUGACAAUAUUAAUAUUUAUACUAAUAUAAAAAAUAUUGUGGUCAAAAUACAUGGCAUUAACGAGACUGACACUGGUGUUUUAAUUAAUUCUCAUUUUGAUUCUGUACCUACAAGUCCAGGGGGCAGUGACGAUGGCAUAAAUGUGGUGGCGAUGUUAGAAGUUCUAAGGAAACUGUCUAAAUCGCCUCAAAGACCACUUCACAAUAUAAUUUUCCUCUUCAAUGGAGCUGAAGAAACGGUUCUUCAAGCCGCCCAUGGCUUUAUAACACAGCAUAAAUGGGCUAAGGAGUGCAAAGUUAUUUUAAAUUUAGAAGCUGCCGGAGCAGGGGGAAAGAUCACUUUGUUUCAAACUGGACCUGGAGCUCCUUGGUUAGUACAUGUUUACAAACAUGUGCCGCAUCCAAGCGGUCGAGUUGCAGGAGAGGAAAUAUUUCAGUCUGGGAUAAUCCCAUCAGAUACUGACUUUAGGAUUUUUAGAGAUUUUGGAAAACUUGUAGGUAUGGAUAUGGCUUUCUACAAACACGGAUAUCGAUAUCACACAAAGUACGAUGAUUUCAAAAACAUACCCGCUGGAUCCUAUCAACAAGUGGGUGAUAAUACUCUUCAUCUAGUUAAAGUCCUUGCCAAUGCACCAGAACUCUUUCAUAACUUGCAAACUGGUGAAAAGGUGGUAUACUACGACGUAUUUGGAUUGUUUAUGAUGGUGUAUUCAGUGACCGCCGCUACGAUAAUUAAUAGUGCCAUUGUGUUUUUAUCAAUCUUCGUAUUCAUAUGGAGUGUAUUCGAUUUUAAGCUAGCUAUCGUAGUAGGUAGCAUUAUUGGAGGAUGGAUAUUAUCGUUUUUGUUUGUAGCACUAUUAACGUUUUUAUUAGACUGUGUGAAUUACUCAAUGAGUUGGUAUGGUACUCCAGUGUUGACUAUAGGUUUAUUUGCCGUUCCAACGGUUGCUAUUACUGGCCACAUUUUAUCAUUCGUAAACCAUGAGAAAUUGUCGUUAAAUAUCAGACUUCAAGUUCAGGCCCACGUAGUGAGAUUAAUAUGGACAGUAAUAUUGUUAGUAGGGACUGUUUUAAAAAUCAGGUCCAUGUAUCCUUUAACAGUCCUUGUAGCAUUCAGUACUUUAUCAUUUUUAUUAAUCCAUUUGUUUCGGUUGCAUCGUAGUGUGAGAAUCUGGCAAAUCAUUUACUUGAUUUGUCUAAUCAUUCCUACAUGUUACAUCAUGUAUGAAUUAUUCGCAACGUAUUACAUGUUUAUUCCUUUAACUGGUCGUAUUGGAUCUGAUAAAAAUGCAGACCUAAUUAUAGGAUCCAUGACAGUUUUGGGUACAUUAUUGACAACAAGUUCCUAUGUUGCACUUUCUAAUGUUCUAAGACAAGGGAAAUAUUACUUCAUAUGUUUAUGGUUAGUAUUUUUGGCAUCCUUAGUAAUUGUUUUUACUCCUUGGGGUUUUCCAUAUAGCGGAGACUGGUCGAAUCCUAGUCCACAGCGAUUUUGGAUGACACAUGCUCAAAGAGUAUUUUACAACGAGACUGGUAACUUAGUCAAGACUGAAGGUGGAAUAUUCAUGUUAAAUAUGGACAGAAAUUCACCAAAUAGCGUUAAAAGUUACGUAAAAGAUUUAUCCAAAGCCAAACCUCUAAAAGAAGACUGUGAUAGAUAUAUAUUGUGUGGACCGGACAGACAGUAUGUAUUCAUGGUUCCCAAGGAAGGUAUGAAAAUGCUGAACAUAAGUCUUCUAGACAAAUUACCAAAGUUUAUUAAUUCAUUUCAUGGAAGACCGCUUGUGUUCCUAAACUCUGUAGCAGGGGAGAGCCCUACGACUCUCACGAUUACAUUUGAUAUGGAAGUCCCAGAAAAUUAUGAAGGUCCUACUAUAGAUGUGGCGAUCAGUUCUAUAUUUGUCCAUUCAAAGUUAGCAGUUAAAACACCGUACUACCAACAGUUCCUUCAACAGUUUCCAGAUUGGGCUGAUCUAACAGCGUGGAUAGGUUCCUAUGCAGCUUAUGUUGCUUAAUAUAAAUGUAUAUGAAGUAUAGUCUAUCUUCCGUAAUUUUUAUAUCUCAGGCUAUUAAAUUACCGAAUUAUUUGCUUUUAU